AACCAAAACAUUCCCGGAUUUGUUGACAUGAGGAGAGGACUCGCUUUAAAAAAAUAUUGAAUUAUGAGUAAUGACGCAGAGAGUAUUGUGUUUGAAACUGUGGAGCUCCUGUCUCUCUACACAACAAUGGCAGUGAAGCGAAUAGUUUUGACUAAUACCUCGAUGUUUGAGAGGUUGACCGCCCUCGUUGAAGUGGUCGAAAACAACUUGAUACAGUUCAAAAUGGAGAGGAAGUGGUUCCUAGCCACUCUGAGGGAUCACUCUCGACUGUAUCGUAAAGAUUGGAGCCAGGCCGAUGGGGGGGACGAAGAGGACCCUGGACGCAUCCGGUACAACUCGCUGCUGCUGGCACUGUCGCUGAAGCUUGGCCUGGAGAAACUGUGGCCCCCCGAUGGAUGCCUCCCCUUGCAAGAGGACCUCAUCCAGGAUUUCCUCAUCCGGCUUAACGCAACCUUCGCCCUCAGCGAGCUCAACCAGACGGACCCCAUGUUCGAGUUCCUGGCCAAGAACUCGCCCCAUCUGCGCACCCUCUACAUGCCCCUGAGCGACAACAGUUCGUUUAAGAGGGUACUGGUGUUCAGGAAUUUGCGUGUGCUGGAGCUGGCAGGCGGGGUAUCUGACAAGGUCCUUUGCAGUGGCUUGUGGAACAUCGACAAAAAGAGUGAGAAAGUCUUGGACAUGGUCUUAAAGGACAAUAAGGAAAAUUCAAGCUGGCAACUAGCCCUCCCGCACCUGGAGGUUUUGCGCAACAACAUGCUGCUCAAAAGCCAGAAUGCGAUGCGCUUACCAGUGGGAGCCAUCGCCCUUGCCCUGCAGCCCAAGAUGGAGACGGUCGAGACGCUCACUUUCUGGAACACGUUUGACGCCGUGCUCUACCUGCUGGACAUGGAAGCCAAGCACAAGAAUGGAGGUAACGCCGCGCGCAAGCUAAAUGUGACUGUCCUGGCGGUGAAUUGUCAAGACAUGAAUUUUGAUCAGAUCAAACGGGCAGCAAAGUCAUGCCCCAAACUGUCAUACAUGAGACUCAUGAACACAGAAAACAUUAGGCCAAGUAUACCCCUCUUGUGCUCGACUGUGCCCAUGAAACAGGUGAAGAAGCUUGACCUCGAGGCACUGGCCCUCACUGACCUGGAGUUGACGGUGCUGCUCGCGGAAAUGUCCAGCUUGGAGAACCUAAACCUCCGCGUCAUGCCCCAGGACAUUGUGCGGUUCAACCUCCCCGUCAAUUAUUUUGAGGGUGACAUCCCCGAGGAAGAUGCAAAGAAAAUGUCCAUGUUCCCGUCCAUCAAGAUCCUGACCCUAGAGUUCAUGGCCAACGAUGUCCGGGAGAAAGAGUACAGCACGGACAAGAUCGUCAACUUCCUCUCGGCUUUCCCCUGGGUCAAGGAACUCUACCUGAGCAACACCCUUCUCGCUCCUCCGGCAUUUCUGGUCUAUGGAUGCAUAGGAGGGUCGCUAGCCGUGUUAAAGAAGCUGACACACCUGUCGGUAAUCUCAUGCCAUGAGGACGUCCCCCGCGAGCUGCCCGCGCAUACUGACGCUCUCCUCGUGGAUAAGGACAUCGAUUACAAACAGCUGAUCCGCCACUGUACAGACGUCCCUGUCAUGCUUAUGGAUCUUCAGGAUGAAGUGACAUUUAAGUACUUACGUGGAUUGAAGAGCCUUGUGAUAGACGAGUUUUACCUGCACCGAUACAUGGAUUACAUGAUACAGUCGCUGAGAUUAUGUGGGGUCCAUGUCUCUGUUUUAUACCGGUCUGGAGUGAAGAAAGGACCCAAUAGGGGUGCAUAUGACAAAGUUAAGAUGAUGAACCUCGGAGAGAUGGAGGAGAGCGAUGUCCACGUUGUCAAGAAGUACGUCCACGUGAAGAAGUACAAGAAGGUUAUACACUGAUACAGGGCUGUUCUGGAGCUAGUGACAGGUGGCAUAUGGAAGGGAAUGCUUGGUUGUGUAAUUUUUAAUUGGUGGAGUGAGGCCAAAAUAAAAUUUAAGAAUUUUA